AAGGCUAAAUAAAAAAAUAGCGCCACAUGAAUGAUAAGUAAAAAGCACAUACAUUUGUAGACAUACAUCUUUCACUGCGCUAGAAAAGGGAAGUGCAGAAUCGGGUGUUUCUUUAGUUGUACAAAUCGUAAAUGCGUUGAUCCUCGAACCCCCCACAAUCUCUCAUUGGUACGUUCCAGUGCCAAGUUGCUCUUCGGCUGUGUGCGGGUCUUUGUUGCCGUCAUCAGGAUUUGUUUUGCUAGGAUUAAAACUAUAAUUUUACUGGAUUAGUAUAGUUUUCGGUUGAAAUCAUAACGUACCCUAAAGAUGGAUGAAAGGAGUUACGGAUCUUUGCCUCAUGCCCCCUCGGAUUAUGUCCAACACUGGGUUCAGUCAGCUCAGCAGCAUCUCCAGGCACUUCACGCUCAGUACUCUUAUAUGGCUAAUGGUAAUGCCGCCCAAUACAUGGAGGGACCCAGGGAGGAAGGGGUCAUGGCACAGAUGCCUGUACAGGAACAGAUUCCUGCCCAGCUGGAACCUGGUGCUCCACAGAAAGCUCCUGCCAAAGGGAAGAGGGGUAGGCCAGCAAACAAGGAGCCCAAGGCCAAAGCUGAGCCCAAAGCUAAAUCUGAGCCCAAGGCUAAACCUGGUCCGAAGCCUAAGAAAGCCAAGGUGGACAAAAAUGGCCAGCCUGCUGAAGGAACACAAGAGAAGAUUGAUGAAACGUUCAAGAAAGUUAAGAGGAAAGUGGACCGCUUUAAGGGCAUGACAGAAGAGGAAGUUAUGAAAAAGACACUGCCGGAUAUUCUUGCCUACAACUUGGAUUAUGUAAUUAUUGGAAUCAAUCCAGGGUUAAUGGCAGCAUAUAUUGGAAGAUGGUUCCCUGGACCUGGAAACCACUUUUGGAAGUGUUUGUUCCUGUCUGGGUUCACUGAGCAGCUACUAAACCAUAUGCAUGACCAGUCUCUCCCUGAGAAAUACGGCAUUGGCUUUACAAACAUGGUAGCCAGAGCGACACCAGGAAGCAAGGAUCUCUCAAGUAAAGAGCUUCGAGAGGGUGGCAAAAUUUUAGUGGAGAAGAUUAAGAAGUUCAAGCCACUCAUAGCAGUUUUCAAUGGAAAAUGUAUUUAUGAGAUGUUCUGUAGAGAGAUAUUUGGGAAAAAACCCAAAACCUUGGAAUUUGGCUUGCAGCCUCAUAGGAUUCCAGACUCGGACACGGCGUUGUACCUGAUGCCCUCUUCAAGCGCCCGCUGUGCCCAGUUCCCUCGAGCUCAGGAUAAAGUGCACUUCUACAUCAAGCUCAGAGAACUCAGAGACCAGCUGAAGGGAGUAGCCAAGCCCAAAGAGGUGGAGGAAGUCAAUUACUCCUUUGAUCUUGGCAUGGCCAAAGAGGAUGCCAAGAGGAUGGCCAUUAAGGAGGAGCAGUAUGAUCCUGGCUACGAGGCUGCCUAUGGAGGGGCGUACGGUGAACCUGGAUUCGAGGAAGGCCAAAGUAAUGGCCACUGUGCCUUCUCUUCUGGAGAGACAGAAACAGCAGAAAAAGACCCUAGAAAUCCUAACACAGUGGGCCAGGUUCCAGAGGGCCAGUGGAUGAACGAAUCAUUUACUGACAAGAUUCCAGACAUCAGCAGCUCUACGCAAGCUCAGCCCGGGGCUGUAUGAGCCUCAGUUAGAGACUUCAUGUGCAGCCUUAUAGACAGAGCUCCUGUGUUCAUCCUCAGCUGAGACACAGUGCCUCUCACCAGCUUCAUCCAAUUCAGGAGUCCUCAAGGAGUCCACCAACUCUUCCUGCUGACUUAUUGCAAAGUUUGUUACGUUAGACAUAGAAAGCAACUACAGUUGCUGGGUGCAUAACUCGCUCAGCAGACCUGGAUGGCAAGAACGGGUUUAAGUAAUGGAGGCGGCUGCUUAAGCUUACACACAAGGAGAAAUCAGUUGCUGCUCCUUUUAUAAAGAAACUGUACCUCAGUCUUUCAACUGAAGACCAUUAGCAUGAAACACUCUUCGUCUUUGAAGAGACACACAAUUAUUAUUAUAAUUUUUUUUUUGCAAUGAAUUUAAAGUAGACAUUUUAGGAAGUAGUAUUUCUAUGGAACUGUUUUGUUUUUUAAUUUUAUGUCCAAAACAUUUUGGUCAUCUUUGUUUAGUGAGUGAUGAUCAGCACUGCUGAAGUUUUUAUGCUUUAUGUGAUAUCAGGGACUGAUACUUGAUUUUAUUAUGCGAGGACAGUGUGUAAUUUGAUUUGUUUGGAUAUAAUUCCUCCUUUUUUUUUUCUUGUGCAAAAUGUUUGCACACAUUCUGCUCUGCGUAUAUGUUACAUGGGAACAGUCAGGAUUAUGAGUAACAGCAUUUUUUGUUGACAGGGAUAUAGUGUGAUUGAGUAACACAGAUGAAAUUAUCAAAACAAUGGUGCCACCAAUUCUGAUAUAAAGGUACAUUUUAGAAGAAGACUGCAAUUACUGGUAGUGCCGGUAUUUGUGAUAUUGCGACUAAGAAUUUAUUAAGUGUCAAAGACAACCACUCAGCCUUCUUAAGUACUGUAAAACACCAUGAUUAUGACACCUGAUGCAGUGUGAAUUUUAAGAUUGAAAACAGUCAACGUACUGUGCUUUUACUGUUUAUAUGAAACACUAUUGGUGCUAUUUUGUUACUCUUCUUGUGAACAUUAUUAAUGUUUUUUCUUUGUUUUUUCUGUUUAUUAAAACUGCAUUUCAUUUAACUUA